AUGGAAAGUCUCACGAACCUGAACGCCGACCUGAAGACCAACUCGCCAACUGGGUUAAGUUUACCCCCCAACAAUUUCAUUGUUACAGGCAAGAUAAUGGAGGAGAACAUUUCCAAGAGAAAGCAACUGGAACCCUUCACACUGGUGACCGGCUUCACCACCAACUGCCAGCAUACAAUCCUGCCUCCACAUGUUGCCCUGACCGACGAGGCUGCCGUUCUUGCCAUUCAAACUUACGGGAAACCUGAUCUCCGCGCACGAUACCCGAGCGAUUUCACUGGAAAUGGAGCAUUGAAUUUUAUAGGAGUCCAAACAGGUCCUACGUUGGUUGCAAAUGCGCAUGGCCUGCCAUUGUCUUGUUCACCGAGGAAAUAUCCUAGGGUCCUCUCCUGCUUCGACGAUAGCAUUACAGACUACGAUUUUAUCCUUACCAUCCUCAAAGACAAGGAUCCUUGCGAAGCCACAAGAGUGUUAGGUCAUGUAGAUAGUCUAGCUCAAUCUUUAUCAUGGACAAGCAUUAUCUUCGCCCUCACAAUUCUCCCUACGAGUGAGUACACCACUACAUCAAUCCUACUCUCAACCUUCCUAGAACAACUUGAAAACCAAAAUAUCUUCAUAAUCGGUAGAUCAUUGUAUUAA